GUUAGAAUUGCGAUGCAGCAGGACAAAGCAAAUUUCAGCCGGGAGCAGAUCACUGCCGCCAGAGGCGCUGGCCCAGCUCGAUUCGCCUAUCUGCUCCGCGCUAUCACGCGACAGGGUCGUAAAUUCAAGCCGCCUGCCCUCCUCCCUGUUUUGCGCCACGAGGGCACCGAGCACAUUGGAGCCGAGGCAAUCACUAAGACUCUUGGUGCCUCUUAUGCCGCGGCCGAAAGGGCCACUCCAGUCACUCCAGGUGACUUUGUGAGCUCAAGCAACGAUGUGCGUUCUCUUAGUGACUGCCUGGAUGUUGCUGCAUCGCCCUCGGUUGUCGAUCUCCUCCGUGGAUUUCUCGACUUGAAGAAAGGGCGUGCGCCUGGUCUUUCCCAGAUCCCUGCAGAAGUGUUUGCGGCAAACCCGAUUGCAGCGGCACUGGCAUACGCCCCGGUCAUUCUCAAGCUGAUCGCCCGGGGCAUAGGGCCUCUACAGUGGAGUGGGGGGCUUGCACACUCCAUACCCAAAGGAACGAAAGAUCCUUCCAGUGUGCAGGGAUGGAGGGCGAUUCUAUUGUUAGAGUCGGACGCAAAAGCCUUCCAGAAGGCCUGGAGACCCUAUCUCCUUCAGGCCUUGGAUCCAGUGCGCUCCGUUGGUCAGCAUGGCGGCAUUCCUCGCCACACGCUGGAGCAGCCCUCGGCAUUGGUGAGAGCGCACUUUCACGGGCUUUCGGCGGCCAAUCAGUCUGGUGGCGCACUCUUUGUAGAUUGUGCGGCAGCCUACUAUUCGGUGGUGCGCGAUUUCUACCUGGCGGGUCCUUACCACAACUGGACCGAUGAUGAGCUACAACAACGUGCAAAGCUCUUUUUUGCGGAUACGCAAUCGCAAGCGGCCUUCCUCAAAGACAUGCGAGACGGCCUUUGGCUUGAGUCGCUGCAAUUGCCAUCGGCCCUGCACCGUAUUGUCCUUGCGCAAUUCCAUCGGACUUGGUAUGUUGAUGGACGCCCAGGCACUACACUUUACCUCACACAAACCGGGACCGCCCCCGGAUCACCGGUGGCAGACGCUCUGUUUGCUUUCCUCUUCAGUCGCUUUCUGCACGGUAUGGAGGAGUUUCUACGGGGACAUCUUGCGUCUCCACAUAUUCAGGUGCAACAGGCCGAGGCUGCGGAGGCGCCAGCAUGGGCGGACGACGUUGUGAUUUUAUUCACAGCCCGCUCUGUAUCGGAGGUCGAAGGUCUUUUGGGUGAAAUAGGCCGCCAGGUCAUCAAGCACCUCCGUCGUCUUGGGCUGUCCGCCAAUUUGGGUCCGGGCAAAACAGAAGCGGUAGUGGCACUGCGGGGACACGGUUCCCGGGAUGUUCGGCGCAGACUCCUCGGCGCUGACUGUCCGGCCCUCAGUCUGACCACAGAGACUGAGGAGUUUCCAAAACUCCGCCUGGUGCCAGGCUACACACAUUUGGGGACUUUCCUCAAUGCGGAGUUGUCUGAGAUGGCCAACCUGAAGCGACGUGCCGGCUUGCUUGCGUCCACUUUUAAGCCCAUCCGCAACCGCCUGCUCAAUAACCCUUUUCUUCUUCCUACAGAAAAGCGGGAGCUGCUGCUGGGGAGGGUAAUCCCGUGCUUCCUGCAUGGCUCCGGAUUGUGGCGUCUUUCAACGAAACACGAGCAUGAGGUGGCUGUCGGGCCACUCUACUCGGCUUUUCGCCAGUGCAUCCGCCCUAUCACUGGCAGUAGCUCUGCCAAAAUGACACAGGCUGAAGUGCUAGCAGCCCUUGACGUACCUUCACCUGAAGAACUGUUGGAUGUGCACCGUGUCAGGGCCCUUUUCCAGGUUCUCAGGGCAGACAUGAGGCGGGUCUGCGCAGGGACUCCAGUCGCUGCUCUGGUGGCAGACGCCGAAGAUGCCGACUUGUCACUGCUGUCUGUGCGGCUGCAGGAUCAGGUCAACUGGGACGAUGUUCGCCUUCGCCAGCAGCAGGGCGAGGCCCUGGCCGUGCUGUCCAGCUGUGGCCCUGGACUAGCGCACACCUGCCAUCUCUGCAAUAUGGCAUAUGCCACACAUCGCCGCCUCUCCGUGCACCUCGCCAAAUGCCACGGCAUUGCGGGCAAAGGCCCGCAGCCAUGGUGGGCAUCGCUCCGACCGAUUUGA